UUUCGUGGGCGUUUGGGGCAUUUCCAGGGAUAGUUUAAUGACCCAGGUGGUAGUGUGACCCUUCUUCUGUACCGUGAAUGUGAAACAACCCCUCAUGAAAACCCGAUGGACCUCGUUUUUGGGCUUUGUAAAUCUUUAAUGUGAGAAGCGCGGAGACGUCUGAGACAACCAACCUUAAUCUUGUCGGUAGCGAAGCCAGCGAAACACAACUACUUUUUUGUUUAAUUAAGGAAUAUCAAAGUAAAACCUGUUCAUUACCUACACAAAAGCCACACCAGGAUAACCGAACUCUUAUAUUAUCAUUACAGAAAGGUGAAGACUAAAAAGUGAUCUACUUGACGAAGGAAAUCAAAAUAAAAGGGAAUCGCUGAUCUUGGCGAGGAUUGCGAGGAUGAUUCUGGUGCCACUUCUGAAACGCCUCAGCAGGAACCUCCGGAGAUGUUUUGCCUUCGUUUUAGUGUUCCUAGGAAGUCUUGUCACCCUCCAGAUCCUCUCCAGACACACACAAAUACCAGAGAUUCUUCCUGAGGCUCAAAAAAUCGUAAAGAGCCUCCUGCUGAUCCCACUUCCUCGUCUCUCUCGACACCCGCGCGAAGGGAAAAUGACCAAGGCGAUUGCUUCAGGGGUCAAGGAGGGCAAUUUGAGUUCGUGGGUUCAGCAUCUUUGCCCCCAUUACCAUGCUGAUGAGAUGAAGGUCAAAGGUCACACGAGACUAACCUUUGAGAUGCCGACUGAAGAGACGAUUUUCUUCACCCAGACUUCCUGUAGGACGUCUCCUUCGCCCCGAGAGGCGUGCGCGGUGGAGAGCGCGGCUCGCCAUCACCCGCGCCGCCCCAUCCUGCUCCUGCUGACCUCCCCCUUCCUCGACCACGCCCACCCGCUGACGGAGGUGUUGACUAGCCUCCCGCGGGUCAAAAUGGCAUGGUUGGAUUUGGAUGCCAUCUUCUCAAGGUCACCGCUCUCCGCUUGGCAUUCCGACCGUCUCUGGAUGUUAAAUAAGGAACGCGCCUCUGCCUUCAUCAGUGACGCAGUUCGGUCCGAGGUACUCCGGGUUCACGGGGGGACUUACGUGGACCUGGACGCCCUCACCCUGCGGCCCCUGCCCUCCCACACUCCCCCGCGGCCCUGGGUGACACGCGUUGAGCCUGGCCUCUUCAACAUCGGCGUCUCUGCCUUCCCCAAAAGACACCCGUUUAUGGAACGGGUGGUGGCGGAAAUCCCCUCAGCCUUCGACGAUUUCAAAGCCUUGUCGAUCGGUCCUGAGCUCGUCUCGAAACACCUCCUUCAGCUAUGUGCCAACCAGAAGGAUGAGACAGCAAGGAGAUCCAAGAGAGCAGCGAAGUUUGACAAGACAGAGGAGGAAGAGGAGAAGCCGGAGGACUGCCAAGGAGUGACCAUCUACCCUCCCUCUCUCUUCUACCCACUGCACUUCAAGUACGAUGACCUCCCUCGGCUGGUACGGGAGGAGGAGGGCUACGGGGCGGCCUUCCUCAACGCCUCCCAUGCCUACUCCCUGCACCUCUUCAAUUCCCUAUCCCGCCGCGCCCUUGUCCACCCCAACGGCCAUUCCAUUCUCGCAGAGGCUUUCAGGAGGAACUGUCCCAGAAUACACGCUGUUGCCUCGGCCAGGAACACCUAUAUUUAAGUCCUGUAACCUUCCAUUAACCCGGUAGCAGCAUCGGGCCAAAUUUGUGGCUUUACCGUGUAGCAUCGGCGGGGCAAAUUUGUGCCAUGAUAUAAACCCCCCAAAAUAGAUGAUACAUAAACUGAUUACAAAUGCUUUGAUAUAUAUUAUGAAAUGGUUUGUGUAAGGGGUGAUUUUUUCGCAUUUUUCUCGCUUGGAGGGACCAUUAAGAAACAUGAUCCCCGCAGCUACCGGGUUAAGACUUGGUGACUAAGAAAUCUUCAACCCACUACCUCAGCAGUCUCUGGUACAUUCUUCAACAUAACGGAUCAGAGAGGACAAUAUAGAUGUUAGUUGAGGAGCUGAAGACAGAACAUCGACAGGUUACAUCAAUGAUUUUAUUACUUGGACAGAUGUUUCACGUACAAAAAAACAGUAAAUCAAAAGUAGUAGCAAUAAUAAUAAUAAUAAUAGUAAUAGCUGAAUCAACACAAGUUUCAGAAGGGAAUGUAUAUUGACUGUAAAUUGAUAACCUCACAAUCUUUCAAACUGUAUAAUAUUUCCAUAAAUUUCCGAAGAAACUUAACAAUUAACGAAGGAACAUGUGGUUGGGUACUGUUAAGUCUUCUGCUCAGAUUAUAAGACAUUAUGUACUUUUAGGUUCCUGUUUUGUGAUAACUAAGAAACUAUACUCAGGUUCAGAUCUUCAUAACAAAAACUCAGUGUGUGUGUGUGUUUAGGGGCAUGUAGAGUGUAUAAACAGAUGAAAACACACACACACACACACACACUCUUACACACAUACACACACUCUUACACACACACACACACACACACACACUUGAUCCCUCUUGGUGCAUAGCUAGUAUCAGGACACCUCUCCUCCCGAAAUUGACCUAUCUUUCGGCCACUCCUCUAACUCUUUUUAGGAGCAGUAACUAGCGGGCUUUUUUUUUCUUCAUAUUUGUUUCCUUUCUUUAUGGCCUUGAACUGACUCCUUUGCUGUGAAAAAAGAGAAAACAAACAAAAAACACUGGAGUCGUUCGUUCCGUCCAUCGGUCGGUCGAGACACACUACGCACGCCAUCCCGUAAACCUCUGACAAUACUACAACAACAACGACAACAAUGACAGCAGCAGCAGCUUCGUCCUGAAUACUAAUGAUGGCAAUAAUAAUAAUAAUAAAUGAAAAUAAUAAUGGUAAUAUGGACUGACAUUCACACGGGUGCAUCCAUACGGCAAGCACGCAGCACACGAAAUUGUGCGAAAAGACACAAAAACACCAAAAUAAAGUAAAUAAGUGAAAUAAAAUCAAUAAAAAACUUGGUAUGAUAAAAAGAAAUAAUAAAAAAAUUCAUUGAUAAAGGAAUGAAAAAUAAAAACCUCCUUUCUUAGUGAAUAAAUAAAUAAAACCAAUAAAAUAAAUCAGUGCAACCCAAUAAGCUACUCAGUAAUAAAAUAAAGAAAUAAAUAAAAACCUCCAUUAGUCUAUUUUUUGUCUAUAUAAAACACACAAAAAAAGAUAAACAAUAGAUAAGCAAAACACACACACACACACACUAAAAGAACACGUAAAAUUACCUUCAUGGAAAUACGUACAUGAAAAACGCACAUGUAUAAACAAACAAAUAAUCUGUAAUAAUAAAACAGUGAAGGAAUAAAAAGAAGGAAGGAGGGAAGGAAAGAAGGGAGGAAAGGAGGGAAGGAAAAAAGGAAGGAAAGAAGGAAAAAAGAAAGGAAGGAAGGAAGGAGGGAGGGAGGGAAAGAAGGAGGGAAGGAAAAAAGGAAGGAAGGAAAAAAGAAAGGAAGGAAAGAAGCAAGGAAGGAAGGAAGAAAAAGAUAAAGAAAGGAAAGAUUUAAAGAAAGAAAAGAAAGAAAGGAAAGAUAACUUGAGAAAGGAAAAGAAAGAGAAUGAAAGGAAAAAGGGACAAAAAAAUAAGAAGUUGUGAAGGAAAAACAGAAAAAGAGAAAAAAGGAAGAAUAGAUAUUGAGAAGAAAAGAAAGAAGGAAGGAAGGAAAGAAAGAAGUCAUGAGAGAAGAAAAAGAAAGGAAAAGAAAAUAAUAAAAGUUGUGAAGGAAAAACAAAGAAAAAGGAAGAAGGUAUUGAGAGAAAAAAAAAGAAGGAAGGAAGGAAAGGAAAGAAAGAAAUUGCAAAGAAAGAAAAAGAUGAAAGGAAGAAAAAAAGAAAAAAGAAAAGAAAAGAAAUCAUAAUAUCUGACAGAAGGAAAAAUGUUGAGGGAAAAAAAAUGAAAAGAUGAAAUAAUGUAAAAAAAAUAUAAGAAAAAAUCCCAUCGUCUGUGUAACAUCUGUACAGUAGCAACAAUAGACAAUAAUAAUAAUAAUAAUAAUAAUAAUAAUCGUACAUGUAUUAGUCAUUAUCAUUUAUAUAUAGUAUUUAUAAAUUAUAUACACAAUACAAAGAGCUAUAAAAUAUAUCUGUGCUAUCUAAAUAUAUAUUGAUAUCUGUUAUUAUUGAUUUAUAUGUGCUAACAGGCACCAUAAGUUCAUCCUGAAGAGGGGAUAUGCAAGGGAGGAGGAGGAGGAGGAGGAGGAUGAAGAGGAAGAGGAGGAGGAAGCUGAGAGGGAAAGAAAUGAAAAGUGAAGAGAAGAAGUAGGAGGAGGAAGAGAGUGAAGGAAAGGAGGAGGAGGAGGAGGAGAAGAAAGUAAAGGGAUAAAGAGAAUGAAGGGAAGAAAAAGAAGAGGAGGAGGAAGAGAGGUUAAGAAUAGGGAGGAAGAGGAUGAAGGAAAGAAGGAGGAGGAGGAAAAAGAGGAGGAAGAGAGUGAAAGGAAGGAGAAGAAGGAAAAGAUAAAGAGAGUGAAGGGAAGGAAAGGGAGGAAAGAAGGGAGAGAA